AUGUCGGAGGUUGAAGGUAAGAUAGCAGAACAACCAAACAGCAAUGCUCCACCAACUGGGAAAUGGACAACUGGUUUAUACGAUUGCUUUGACGACAAAGGAAAUUGUUGUUAUACGUGGUGCUCUCCUACCGAAGCCUUUGGUAGUAAUGCGGAAAUUAUAGACCAAGGAAGAACAUCUGCUACACGUGCACGUUUGACAUAUUUUGGGCUCAGCCUUUUUGGAUUGCAUUGCUUAUAUUCAUACAAAUUCAGAAUCAAGCUAAGAUCUCUCUACAACUUACCUGAAGAACCAUGCUCAGAUUGCUGCGUUCACAAUUGUUGUAUACUUUGUGCUAUUUGCCAAGAGUACAGAGAACUUAAAAACCGUGGACUUGAUCCCUUAAUAGGUAUAUAUAAUUACUCAGUCAACAACUUACGCACACAAAUAUGCUUUUUAUAAACUUGUGGUCUAGUUUUAAGCAAAAAACAUUAUGAAAACCCACACAUAUGUGUUUUCUGGACAAGGUCCUCUCAUUAUUUGCAUUUGUAUUUUUCUAGGUUGGAAGGCAAACGAGGAAAGAAUGAUGAGAAAAGCUAACAUGGAAGCUCCACGUGUUGCAUCAGCCAUGACUCGUUAGAUAUUGAUCUCCUCAAGUCUACCAUUCAUGGACCUUACUUCAUUCUGCUUAUUUUCUUUUUCUCAAUUAUCUGUUUCUGCUUUUCCUUCAAAGAACUGUAAUUGGCUUUCU